GAGCGCUGCUCUCCCCCCGAGCCGGAGCAGGAAGCGGUGGAAGCGUGGCUGGACGAUCACGGCGACUUCACCCGCUCUUACUUUGUUAGAAAAGCUACGAGAGAAAUGGUUAAUGCAUGGUUUGCUGAGAGAGUUCACACCAUCCCAGUCUGCAAGGAGGGAACCAAGUCCCAGAGCGAAGCCUGUGCCUGUCACCAGCCUGCCUGUGCCGAGACCACCAACUCUGGGACACCGGCGAGGAAAAUCUCCGCUUCUGAAUUUGACAGGCCCUUAAGGCCUAUUUUUGUCAAGGACUCGGUAGGAGCAGUGAGCUUCCUCUCUGGCUCUGACAAGAAGGAACAGAUGCCUCUGCAAUCUCCAAGGAUUGAGACCAGUGCAGGGGAUCAGUGCUCGAGACUAUUAGAACUUGUGAAAGAUAUUUCUAGUCACUUGGAUGUCACAGCGCUUUGCCAUAAGAUCUUCCUACACAUCCAUGAGCUGAUCGCAGCUGAUCGCUAUUCCCUGUUCCUGGUGUGUGAGGACAGUUCCAACGAGAAGUUUCUCGUGAGCAGGCUGUUUGACGUGGCAGAAGGAUCCACCCUGGAAGAAGCUUCCAACAACUGCAUUCGCCUGGAGUGGAACAAGGGCAUUGUGGGUCACGUGGCAGCCAUAGGGCAGCCUCUCAACAUCAAGAAUGCCUAUGAGGAUCCAAGAUUCAAUGCAGAAGUUGACCAGAUCACAGGGUAUAAGACUCAGAGCAUUCUCUGUAUGCCAAUAAAGAAUCACAGGGAAGAGGUUGUUGGUGUGGCUCAAGCAAUCAACAAGAAAUCCGGAAUUGGCGGCACUUUCACUGAACAAGACGAAAAGGAUUUUGCAGCAUAUUUGGCCUUUUGUGGGAUUGUUCUUCACAACGCUCAGCUGUACGAGACGUCUCUGCUCGAGAACAGGCGCAAUCAGGUCCUUCUUGACCUUGCCAGCCUGAUUUUUGAAGAGCAGCAGUCUUUGGAAGUGAUCCUGAAGAAGAUAGCAGCCACUAUAAUAUCCUUCAUGCAGGUGCAGAGGUGUACCAUCUUCAUAGUGGAUGAAGACUGUCCUGAUACAUUUUCUAGUGUCUUUCACAUGGAAUCUGAGGAAUUAGAGGAUUCAUCUGAAAAUCUGAAGAGGGACUAUGACACGAACAAAAUCAAUUACAUGUAUGCUCAGUAUGUCAAGAACACGAUGGAGCCACUCAACAUCCCAGAUGUCUGCAAAGACAGAAGAUUUCCAUGGACAAAUGACACUGCAGAAAAUGUAAAUCGGAGCAUAAAGAGUUUGCUGUGUACACCAAUAAAAAAUGGGAAAAAGAAUAAAGUGAUAGGGGUUUGCCAGAUUGUGAAUAAGAUGGAAGAAAACUCAGGAAAAAUCAAGGCUUUCAACAGAAAUGAUGAAGAGUUCCUGGAAGCAUUUGUCAUCUUUUGUGGCCUGGGGAUCCAGAACACACAGAUGUACGAGGCUGUAGAAAGAGCCAUGGCCAAACAGAUGGUGACAUUAGAGGUUCUCUCUUACCACGCUUCUGCUGCUGAGGAGGAAACGAGGGAGCUGCAGGUAACAGUGGCUGCUGUAGUGCCAUCUGCACAAACUCUCAACCUGACUGACUUCUACUUCAGUGACUUUGAGCUGUCAGACUUUGAAACAACGCUGUGCACAAUUCGAAUGUUCACAGACCUCAACCUGGUGCAAAAUUUCCAAAUGAAACACGAGGUUCUCUGCAGAUGGAUUUUAAGUGUGAAGAAAAACUAUCGGAAGAAUGUUGCUUAUCACAAUUGGAGACACGCCUUUAACACAGCACAGUGCAUGUUUGCUGCUCUGAAAUCUGGGAAAAUUCAGAGCAAACUGACUGACUUAGAAACGCUGGCUUUGCUGAUAGCAACUCUGAGCCACGAUCUGGAUCACAGGGGAGUGAACAACUCUUACAUACAAAGAAGUGAACAUCCACUGGCUCAGCUGUAUUGCCACUCAAUCAUGGAGCAUCAUCAUUUUGAUCAAUGCCUUAUGAUCCUGAAUAGUCCAGGAAAUCAGAUUCUCAGCAGCCUUUCCAUUGAAGAAUACAAGGCUACACUGAAAAUGAUAAAACAAGCCAUUCUUGCCACAGACCUGGCACUAUACAUCAAGAGGAGAGGGGAAUUUUUCGAACUUUUAAGGAAGAAGCAGUUUAAUUGGGAAGAUCCCUCACAAAAGGAGCUAUUUUUAGCAAUGCUGAUGACUGCUUGUGACUUAUCAGCCAUAACCAAACCAUGGCCUGUUCAGCAACGGAUUGCUGAGCUUGUAGCUACUGAGUUCUUUGAUCAAGGAGAUAAAGAGCGGAAGGAACUCAACAUAGAACCCACGGAUCUAAUGAACAGAGAGAAGAAAAACAAAAUUCCCAGCAUGCAGGUUGGAUUCAUAGAUGCUGUUUGUUUGCAGCUGUAUGAGGCCCUAACACACGUGUCAGAGGCCUGCUCCCCUUUGCUGGAUGGCUGCAGAAAAAACAGGCAGAAAUGGCAAGCCUUGGCUGAGCAGCAAGAGAACCUGAUUAAUGGAGAAAGCAACCAAGGCAAACGGAACUGAGAUGCCAAUUUCACCACCACAAGCUCAAGUUCAUGUAGGAGACACAGUAAUAGGGGAGUACUACAUUUUGCUAAACACUGUAUGAAUUUGGCUUAUGUUUUGCCACUGCUGUAUUAUUUUUUUCACAUUUCAAGAUAUAGCAUGACCGUGUAGAUGCCAAGAUUAUCUGAAGACAGUAUGUUUCUUUAAUUACAUCUGACUGAGAUGGAAAAAGACCUGCAGGGGUGAUUUUUGCUCCCCCACCCCACAAGAAGGUACUGGUGCAGGCACUGACUGUGCCUGAGAGCCUGUUGUUUUACAGAUGUACAUAGUUGUUUAGUGAUCAUGGUUGUGGCCAGUAUCUGAAAGACUACUGCAUUUUGCACCUUUUCUCUCCCUCUUCCCAUCUUGCUGUGUUGUGUUAUAAAAGUAUUGAGCAGUCUUGCCUGUUCUCUUUCCAGAGGUUCAGAGGAAAGAUUGGGACUCACUCUGGGGUGCCUAUUCCAGCAUAAACUUGCUAACCUCUCUCAGAAAGCAGAACUGGGUUCUGAGGUGAAAAGCCCCAAAAUCUGUGCACCCAGCAGGGUUUGAGUUUUUUCCAUAUUAGAUGGAAGUCUUAGAAAUUUCUUCAGCUGGAAUAACACAUUUGCUAAGACCUCUGUGAAUUACUAGGCAAUGAGAAUCUUGAGAGUCUUGUGUCUGAGUUAUCCAAGCCCAAUGGGAACUGCUUGAAGAUGGAUGAGAUGUCCCGGCGUAACCGACAGGCUGCCACGGAAGAAGAGCUCCCACAGAAAGCUGCAAGGAGCAUGCAGAGAAACGGACACAAAACAGGAUUGCUUUUGUACGCUGGUUUUGACUUCAUUUGGAAGUUGAUUUCAACAUCAUCUAACCAACAGACUGGAUCAGAGACAGAAGAGAAUGACUGCAAAAGGUGAAAAGCUGAAUCAGAAUGAUGCAGGAAGGGCACGCUCCUGGUGACCAUCAAUGACUGAUUCUUCAGGCCAGUGUUACCACAAAAUGGCUGUGACCACUUAGAAGAAAGUUUCAUGUUAACAUCUCUUAAAAAGCAUUUUUAACAAAAUGAUUAAUUAUAGUGUCUUGAAGAAAUAGGAAAAAAAUAAUACCAAAAGCAAAAAUAACCAAGAGUGCUACAGGGAUUUGCCAUUUGUAUGUGAGGCAUUGAUGUUAUGAAAAGUAAGAAAUCAAUUAACUUGCACUAGUAAAAAAAAAAUUGGUGUAUUAUUUAAAUGAAGAUGAUUAAUAAAAAUGGUUUUGAAUUGGGACCCAAUUAAAGAAAAUAUACACAUUGGACAAAUCCCAAAAGAGGAAUACAACCCUUCAGAUAGACAGGAUAAGGAGAUGAAAGUCAGCAGUCUAAAAUGCAUUAGAGCACAUGUAACUUUGGCUGCACAGAGACACACAAAAUGUUCCAGUUUUUUAAUCUGUAAUAAUUGUUUUUUAGUUAAAAUCAGCAAUUGUAUUUGGCAAAAGUAGCACCUUUGGCAUUGCACUUUGAAGUGUGGGAAUUUAGUUCUAUCACAAUAAACCAGGAAAUUCUACUGGAAACUGCAAUAAAUUCUUCUUCCCAGGAGCUUGCCAACCCAACUCAAACUUCCCCUUUUAACCAAUUUCUUAAUUUAGAUAAACGAUGCCAGAAGCUAAGAAAAGAUGAAGCAAAGGUUUCAAAAUGUUAGAUGAUACUGAGUUAUAGAGUUGAUAUUUUUUAAAUGUAGGAUAAGGUAUUCUGAUAUUUAGUCAAUAACCUAAAUUAUUUGUCACUAAGUCAGUCCUAUCUCAUACUUCUCUAGUGAGCACCAAUAAUAAAUUAUUGCAGCUGUGAAUUUGAAAACAUUUUUCUACAGAAGCAUUUCUCCUUAUUCUGCCCCAACAAAUAAAAGAAAAAAAAAAAAAAAAAAAGGAUGGA